AAACGGUAUUAAUCGUUCAAACUGUGGAGGUUUUUCAAUAUUUUUGAGGCUGGCAUAGAAGUGAUCAAGGAUUACUCAGAAGAUGGUUUUCUUUGCCAAUUUUGCAUUAGUUGCGUUGUGUCUGGCAGCUUUAAUACAACAAGCUGAAUCCGACUGCUGCGGCGCGAAAUUUAAAUAUUCAACUGUGAAAAUCUGCGCAGACUGCACAAAGGCAACCCCUUACUGUUCAUAUGGAAAAUGUAACAUAUUUGGCUGCAAAUGUGAACGUUCAUGUAGGAAGGACUGCGGCAGCGAGAUCAAACCAGUGUCGACGACUGGGUGGUAUUCAACGAAAAAACAAAUCGUUGCCUGUGUUUGCAAGAAUGGGAAAAGGGCCCCUAAGGAUGUUGUGUUUGACGACAUGGACGCCAAUGAUGACGGCAAGAUUGACCACCAGGAGUUCGAUCCUGAUCUGCAAUAGCUCUGAUAUAUACGAGGAUGAAAACCGCAGCACUAUUUCCAUCCUUAUUUCGCAUUUGGAAAAUCAUUGGGAAUCGAUCU